AUGGCGCUCACCAUACCUUACACCGGUGAUAACUCCCCUCCUCCCGGCGAGCGGCGAGCUUCCUCAGCACAGCGGCAGCAACGCGAGGACUCACCUAAGAGGGAGGUUGGUUCGCUGAGUAGCACAGCCGUAGCCCGCAGCCGCCACCUGCUCGGUCGGGUGACUCGGGUCGCUCCAGGCGUCGUCAACUCGCCGCCGCUCCGUUUAACCGCGCCGGCCGUCCGCAUAGGUCGUUGUCUCAUUGCGGCAGCACUCUGGCUGCCUCUGUCCGCUGAGGCGGGCCUGAGAAGCAGGCGUGAGGGGCUGGGGCGCGGUCACGCGAAGGUGGCACAUGGUAAGGCUAUCGCCGCCGGCAUCAGCGCGGCGCAGCCGCGCAGGCACAGGCACGCGGCAUGCAAGCAGCCGUUUUCUGCUGCUGAUGGCACUGGGCAGGGCAAGCGCCAAGCAAAAGCAUGCGAGCAGCACUGCGACAGGGGGCAGCUAGGAGACCGGGACCCGGGAAGCGGGGCAGUGGCAAAUUAUUCAUAUCGUCUGUGCUACUCUCAUCUAGCACUAAUAUUCAAUCUUCAUUUUAUUGAGUGCAGUGCAUCGAGAGAUGGCCUCACCGGAGGCCGGCACUCUUCAUGCAUAACCUGCCACGCCCCUACUGCCACGCUGCUGCCACCGCCCCAGCUAGCGACCUUGCUGCGGCGGCGUCUUGAUGCACACCUUGAAUGGACUUGGUCAGCCCUUGUUCUUGGCAAGUUCUCAUGAUCUCUUUCUUCCUUUUUUUUUUUUUGCUUCCAUGUGUAAAUAUUGGUCAAGAGAUCGAUGGAUUUGAACGGGAUGGAUCAUUAGUUUGGCGUCUUUGUUUUAUGUUUGGAUGCUCAAGGAGAUAAAUUCAGAGUUUAGAGUAGGCUAAGCUCAAGUUGAUUAAUUACUUCUUUCUUGCAUGUUUCCUCUUUGAUCACUGAUCAGAGCUUCUGAUCAGCUGUUGGAUAAAUUCCCCUGGACUUAAAUUUGCAGAGUUAUUAAGGUUUAGAACACUAGCUUUUCAAUGCAGAAGCUACGGAUCUGGAAAUUUGCAGAAGCUGAAGAUUUGUUUACAGGGAAGGGUUUAGGCAUCCUUUUUCAAGAGAGAGGACACAUGUUAGCUUGUUUUGUGAAGGAAAAAGAACAGCUAGGUGACCAUUCAAUUUGGACGAAUCAAUAUGUUGUAUACCGGUGGUUUAUGGUCACUCAAUGUAUGGUUUCCCUCUUGAAUUUGUGGCCAUUCAGCCUGCAUGUCUCAUCUGCUUACUUAAUUCUAACAGCAAGGCAAGUAUAAAGUGGCCUCAUUCUAGCAAAGUUUGGUGAUAUCUAGAUUGAAAAUGCAUGCCAUUGUAAUACUGGAUCCAGGUUAAAGCUGUAAAUGCAUUUUUCAAUUUGUUUAGUCAGAUAUCGGUAGGAUUAGGAAUACAUUAUUGACUUUCUUUGCUUAACUUUUAUCAGUGUUUUAACAUCAUUGUACAAGCAUGAUGCUUCAGUAGGUGAAAUAGUAUUUCAUAGCAAAUAAUUAAUUAGUUUAUAUAUGUUUGCUAUACCUUUCUCAAACUGGUGUACUAUAUUUCAGCUCUGUAGUGGAAUCCGUGAAGGUAUUACUAUAUAGGAUAGAUGGACUUGCUUGGAUAAGAGUGUUCAGGAUUCGUGGAGCUUGCUUGAUUCAGUUGAAUUUAGCGAGGGACCAGUGUCAUGAGCUUGUUUGACCAGUGAACUCCCUGCUGCGUGCAAUAGUUGUUCCGAGGACAAUCAAUGAGACCGAAGGAGGAGAUGCAUGAUGUAGGAGGAAGAUGAUGGGUGUUGUUUUUUCUCAGUUGUUUUUAAUUGAAGGCAUGCCCAACAUAAGUGACAAACCUGAUCUGGCAGCGACGAGCUUGGUUGAAGGGGGAGGGGGCCAGGGCUUCUGACACCUGCGAUGCUGGUGGAAUAAGGAUCGCGUUUUGUUUUUGUUCUUCUAUGGAUGUCUAGAGCUUUUAUAGCAUCAAGUUUUAUUAUGUCAGUUGCCAAAAACUACAGUAUACUAUUUCUGAGUUUUGAUCUACUUACGGUGUUCCUAGGAUAGGAUUUGAUCUGGACAAUAAAGUAUCUUUUUAUUCAUGUUUU